GUCUCCUUUUCUUUCGGGAAAAAUGACAUUGCACGUUGCAUUAUUCUGAUCAUUAACACGUCUUUGUUUCUUGGGUUUGGAGGAUGAGAUUCCUUUUGUCUCCCACCUUGAUCGUGUAUAUAUAGAUAUCGAGCAGAAAGGCGAUGAAGGCAAAAACAUCUCAGCACUCAAACGCAUUUUCUCUAUUUCAAUACCAAACCAGAAGAAAAACAGCAAAAAAGAUGGCAGCAACCUUCCACAUUCGUUCGAACAGCUUUCCCUCAAGGCAACACCCUCAAGCUGCUCAUGUGGAAGAGCAGUUGUGCCGGUUGAGAUCUUCUGAAGCCACCUCUACAUCUUCUUCCUCUUCUAUUGGACAAAGACUAACCGACCUCCAGGAUUUGCACGAUUCCCUCGAGAAGCUCCUUCGCUUACCCUUCACCCAGCAAACCCUUGACAAGAAAGCCGUCGAGAAGCUUCUUGAUGGAUCUCUCAGGAUCUUGGACCUCUGCAACAUGACAAAGGAUGCUUUGUCUCAGACAAAAGAGUGUCUCAACGAGAUCCAAUCAAUUCUACGGAGAAAACGUGGAGAUCUUUCGAGCGAAGUUAAGAAAUACUUGGCCUCACGAAGAUCCCUCAAGAAGUCAUUCCAGAAAGUACUCAAGAGUUUGGAGGCCACCAAUGGCGACGAAUCUCUGACUGUGUUUGGAGAAGCUGAAGGUCUGACAAUUUCUCUGUUUGAUUCUCUGUUUUCCUUCGUGUCUGAAUCAACAACACCUUCUGGCAAAUGGUCGCUGGUCUCGAAGCUGAUGAACCAUAAAAGAGUUGCAUGUGAAGCACAAACUGCAAACGAGUUUGCAAAGGUUGAUUCUGCAUUUCAGUCCUUCACCGAGAACAAGUCUGAAAAUACGUUGAAAAUGGAGGAUGUGAAGAGGCUGGAGAGCUGCGUCCAAGAUCUGGAAGAGGGGAUCGAGUCUCUCUUCAAAUCUUUGAUGAAAUACAGAGUCUCUCUUCUUAACACAUUUGGCCACUAAGC